CUUCACCUUCUCUCAGCAGAAGUUAGACAUUGGAAACAAGUUCACAAUGAUCCAAAGACCCAUUUUCCUCCUGGCUGGGAAACUAGUCAAGUCUCUGGGUUUAAAGCAGGUCAGACCACUGGCUGCAGACUGCCUUAGACAGGACCAGUUCAGAAGAGACGCAAAGGAGUGUUAUGACCUGGCUCAAGUUGCCACAACAAAAGGGAGACACACCAUGGAGGAGCCUGUGGAGAGAAACAGAGGGGAGUCAGUUAGCAGGGAGGUCUGUAACCUCAGCACAGCAGCAGCCCCCUGAAGAAUGAGAACUAGGAGUUAUAAAUACAAAGGUGCUCGAGUUACUGCAGUCAGCCUCAGCUCUUCACCUGCAAGGGAGAGGAAGGAGAAUCUGAUGACAGUUGGUGGUUUGGUUGCUGUCAGUCAAAUCUGAUAAAAACACAAUUACACAGUGUUUUGAAAUGAGUUUUUUCAGUGUUAAACUCUUAACAAUAACUUAAGAUGUUUUUUAUGGUAUAGAGAAAUACUUAAUGAGUUUAAGGCUUUAAGUAUAAACAGGGUGGAAAGAAGAUAUGCUGCACAAUCAUAGCUGCACUCAUUAAAAUAGAUAUACACAAGAUUUUGAUUUGAAUCUUAUAGUGGGGAUCAUACAUGGUAACAGAUAAGCAAACAGGAUUUAUGUGUGUGUCCCUUGCAGCAACACACCUACCAGUGGUGCAACUGAACUUUGCAGCUGUGUCACAAGAGACUCCUUUCAGUCGAGACGUGGUGGAGGGCUGCAUUAGAGAAACUCUUCUGCUCCUCUUCAGAGCUCUGGCCUCUGAACAAAAUGUAUUCCUCACCUUACAGGGAAUUGGAGUUUUGUCCUUUAAGAACAACAAGGUGCGGAUGAAGUUCAACCGAGAUUUUAUUAAUGCCAUGGAUGGAACUGGCAGGCUGCUGUUAGCCUUUAACAAAAGACCUGGGAGCAGUGUCUCUUUACUGUCUGGUGGCCUGUCGAGGCUUCAGAGGCCACCGACUGCGAACCCCAUAACCCUGCCAACUGUCUGCUCUCCUCAGCCAGACAACAAAGCUGGUGACAAAGAUCUAUGGUGCUUGUCACCAGCUCCAGACCUGAGGAAUGCAGGAGAGGUUCCCCAACAGAGAGAAUCUAAAUCCCAUCAGACACUGCAGCCUGCCAAGAUGAAAGCUGACAGCCUGUCUGAAGAACUCAAUCCAAAACCCCCUAUGGAGGCCACAGACAAGCCAACCACCUGUAUCUCACCACCUCCCAAACUGGAGGAACCUCAUGUGAAUGCUAGCUGCUCUGGCCACUCCCGUGCUGGACAGGAGCUGUGCUACCUUUGUAUGCAGCGAGAACAAAGAAACGUUCCAGUCUACCUGAGGGAGCAGCAGCAGGCAGAAGAGAAAGCUCAGGAGAAACUCCUACUGCUUAAAGAACAACAAAGAGACAAGCAGUACAUGGACGAAGAACAGGCAAAGCUGAAUGAGCAACGUGAGCAUGCAAAGCUAGUUGCUACAUUCAACCUGCAACUGUCAGAGAAGAAAGAGAAGACAUACUGUCCUCUCUUCCCUACUUCAUUCAUCUUCCCGGCUCGGCCAGUUACUCCUGUCAGGAGGAUUCAGCAGCAUCGUUACAUGAACGAGCUUCAAAGCCAGAUAGAGAGCCGGCGGCAACACGAGGCCCGAGACCAGCAGAACCGUCUUCUCAUGGAGCAUCUAGACCAGGUCCAGCUGGCUCAGGAGAUAGCUUUGCAAAAAGCUCGGCAGCUCCAGCAGAAACAUGAUAGAACUAAGCAUUAUAAGAAGGCUCUGGACACUCAGGUGGGAGAUAAGAAGUGCACAGACCCUCCAGAGUGCCAGUCUGACAACUCUGGGUAUAACCGCAUGGAGACAGCAACCAACAAUGCAGAGAGCCGAGAGAGGGCACAGAAGCUCUUCCAGAUAAAUUUCAGUGCUGCCACUCAGAGGAAGAAGGAACAACUGCACAACCGCCGAGAACAGGUGGAGAAAGAGAGAGAAAUGCUUAAACACAACAAAAUUGAGUUAAUAUUGGGCCACAUUAAUCGCUUUGAGAAGAAGCAGGAGAUUAGUAAGUCACUAGAGAAUGAGUGGAGUCGCAGUGCGAAUCUCAAACACCAACAAGAGGAAGAAGAGAGGCGCUUCCUGAGGUCUGCUGGUCAGCUCCUGGUAGAUAAGCUUGCACAGUACAAGCGCUGCUACCAGUGUAAGAGGAGGACCACCAACUGUGGAGAGACCAACAUCUGGAAAGACUCUCAUUACCUCUCUGGCUCCCAGUUCAUGAUCUGAUGAACAGUGUCGCCUACAGCAGCACUCAAACAUCACUAUCCCACAGCCUAAACGAGACCACAACUCUUGUAACUCUUGUAAUACUUAGAUGUUAUGGUGUGCAGCAUGUGCUAUCCUCUUAGAUUUAUUCUUCUUCUUUCCUAAAUUAGUCUUUGAAAUUCAUUUUGGUUGUACUUUUUUUCAUACUUGUACUGAACACCUCUAGUUUGUGUAUGAAAAAAGGUAUAGUGUUAAUGUGCUGGUUUUUAUUCCAUUCAGAAACCUCUCUACCGCCCUAGCAACCACCUAGUAACAGCAUAACAACCUGCAGAAACACCCUGUUAACCAUCUUGAAGCACCACAGAAACCUCCUGGAACACCCUAUCAAUCACCUUAAACAUCUAGGCAGCCUCAUAUUAAUACCCCAGCAACCACACCAAACACCAAAACAAUCACCUAGCAGCAAUGUAGUGAGACAGUGAGCAACUUACCAAACACUUAAGAAAUUACAAAGAGCUCAGGAGAAAGGGCUGCACCCUAACCACUCAACAAUUAAUUGCAAAUGCCCUGUAUGUUAUUUAGUAACACCUCGACUUACACUUAUGCUGCACAGAGUGAGACACAUUUUUUACAGUUUUGGUUUAUAUGAAUAAAUCUGACUUGAAGUGACUCCAGCAAAAACGUGUCCAAGAUAAAUUUGUUCAAGCAGCAAGUCCAAGUAAUUUUCCUUUAAAACAUUUAUGGGAGCGCCUUUUUUGCCUUUAUCUGCACGCCUACUCUUACUGUAUGAUUAUUUCUUUGUGUUAUAACGUAU